GCAGCCUCGCGCUGCGUCUGACAGAUUCACAACCUCCCAUAGUGUAGCCACAACUAUGAUUACAAAUUCCUCAAUGCAUUUUCAUUCCAGGAUGUACCAUUCUCUUCGUUUACACUAAGAUUUUUUUAUUUGAAAAUAUUUAUGUUUAGUUUUAGGUGCGUAAUUUUGCGAGGAUUUCCGAGGUGCCAACGGGAGUGACUUUGGCAAUAUGCGCCGCUGGGAUAUGAUUUUCAACAGAAAGGCUUAUGGAAUAUAGCCUGGUUUGUCACAGCCUGUAUGCCCUGGUCCAGCCCGUGAAGAAGAAACUAAUACUGCUCAGCAUCAUGUUUUUAAUCUGGGUAUACAUGCUGUACUCCUGCGUGGGCUACUGCUCCACCAUGCCAAGUUUGGUGGUGGACAGUUACCGGGGCAAGGAGACUGUGUCUGCGGUGGGGAAGAGGACAGAGAGUGGCAGGACGGACCUGGUGUCCCGGCUGCUGGCCAAGCCGCAGCCCUGGGAGGAUAUAGAGAGCGACUACGAGGAGCCGUCCAUCAGGACUGCCGCGUCCAGAGACCUGCUGGAUAACGAGAUGGACAUGGACCGAGCCGAGGACUGGGACGAGAUGCGGGGAGAGCAGCAGAGAGCCCCGGAGCCCAGCGCCAUGUCCAGCUUCUCCAACGGCUCCGGGAGCAAGAAGCUGCCGCAGGCGAUCAUCAUCGGGGUGAAGAAAGGAGGGACCCGGGCUCUGCUGGAGUUUCUCCGGGUUCAUCCGGACAUCAGAGCCGUGGGAGCGGAGCCGCACUUCUUCGACCGAAACUAUGACAACGGACUGGAGUGGUACAGGGAGCUGAUGCCCAAGACUCUGGAGGGCCAGAUCACCAUGGAGAAAACCCCCAGCUACUUUGUGACCAGAGAGGCUCCGGCCAGGAUAUCCGCCAUGUCCCGGGACACCAAGCUGAUCGUGGUGGUGAGGGACCCCGUCACCAGGGCCAUCUCGGACUACACACAGACUCUGUCCAAGAAGCCGGACAUUCCCUCUUUCGAGAGCCUCACCUUCAAAAACAGGACUACGGGGCUCAUCGACACCUCGUGGAGCGCCAUCCAGAUCGGCAUCUACGCCAAGCACCUGGACAACUGGCUGCACUACUUCCCCAUGGAGCAGAUCCUGUUUGUGAGCGGCGAGCGUCUGAUCAGCGACCCGGCCGGAGAGCUGGGCCGCGUGCAGGACUUCCUGGGGCUCAAGAGGAUCAUCACUGACAAACACUUUUACUUCAACCAGACCAAGGGUUUCCCGUGCCUCAAGAAGGCAGAGGGCAGCAGCAAACCCCACUGCCUGGGCAAAACCAAAGGGCGGACCCACCCCAACAUUGACCCUGAGGUGGUGCAGAGGCUACGGGACUUCUACAGGCCCUUCAACAUGAAGUUCUACCAGAUGACGGGACAUAACUUUGGUUGGGAUUGAUGUGAAAAUCAUCAAAGACUUUUUUUUGAUGAGAAGUUUUUUUUUUUCCUUCUGUAAUUCAAUGGCAAGAUGUGGAGAUAUUGCUAUAUAUAUGUAAAAUGUACAGAAAUCUAUUUUAUAAUAAUUUAUUUUUAUUUCUAAGCAAUUAAUUCACUAAGCUGCCUAACCAUAUUUGUACAUAACAUCUGGCCCACAUGUUGUUUUUAACAUUCCUCAUUUUAAUUUUGAAUUCUACCGCUCCUCCCUCGUGGUCCUGUAAACUCAGCGGAUUUAUCAGUGCUGCCGUAACGCAGAUAAUCAGCGAUGGCUGAAGUCGAAAUUAGGGUGGAAAAUGUAAAAGCACCAUAUUACGGGUACAGAGCGCUCACUAAGAAGUGGAGAACACCUAUCCAUGAGCAUCCUCAUUUUAUAUGCAUCAUAACUUUCAUCAUUUAAAACCAUCAUUCUGAGUGUAAUUCUUCACUGCAACACAGACCUUACAAUUAAGUUUUCCUCUAUCUAAUUUUCCUCCACCGGCAUCAUUUUAAGCUGCAGAUCUCAUGUCCCUUUCCACUCAAUAACAGUUAGAUCAAUAAGCCUAAUUGAUCUUCAUUGUGUCACUCAUGCUUAAAGUAUACAGCUGCCCUUUCAUUCUCACUGCUCCUGCUGCCUGCUCUAAUGAAUGACCCAUCCAUCAAACCUUAAAUCCUAUCCUGGACCACAUGGACCCAUGUUAACAUUAUGCUAAUCGGGUAAAGGUAACUGGCAGAUCGAUGGAGUCUCCGUUCUCUGACUCCCCAUUAGAAGCAGUGUUGGCUGAGAGCCAGGCUCUUGCCCUAUCUGCUCAGUUCAAAGGUCAUGCAAAGUCUCAAUCAAAUUUCCUUGAGAGGCAUUUGAUUUGUUGAGGAAAGCGGAGCCGGAGCACCGAGGGUCAUUGGGAGUGUGGAGUCAUUGCGUGAAGCUCAUAUAUCAGGAAUGGAGCAUAUAUAUAGAAAAUAUGACAGACAAACAACAACUCAGCUUUGCCUCAUUGAAACAGAGCUUUUUCAAAAAAUAGUCCGCCAGGCCCCAUAUGAGAUCCCAGACUGAAGAGAUCAAAGGCAGAGGAAAGGGUUUUGUGAAGCACUCUCAGCACAGCAAGAAUUGCCACAGGCGGGGGGGUUCAGUGUCUAACCUCUCUAGUGUCGUCAGAAAACCUCAUGUGCCAUCAUCCAUGGCCUAUAUACUUUAUGCCUUAUUCACUCACGUCAUCCUCUCACGUCUCACAAUCUCAACUUUCUACUUGUUGCCAAAAAAAAAAGAAAACAACCACUGGGUUGAUAUCACAUUUCACACAGCUUGAGUCGAUACCUCUGCUUUUUUCUGCUUCUUUGUUUCUGUCUUUCUACUUGAAUUCUUGAUAUGCAAGAGGGAGAAAAAUGUGUGCUUAUCAUUCUUUCAUGUGUUGCCCCAUCUCUUUGCAGCGGGUGGGACACACUACCAUAAGGGCAAAGGGAGGUGGCCGUGCUAUGCUAUGCUAUGGUGUGCUACGCUAGGCUAUGCAUGCUCAAUGUGGCAGCCAAUAUUUAAAUAGAGGGAUGAUGGGAAGGAAUUAUAAGCAUCCACAGGAGUGCAUCAUGUGUUUAAGCAGGGCCAGACUGAAUGUACACAAACUAUCCUCACACUAAAACACCCUCAAAUCAAUUUUUAACUGUCAGAUUGUAACUCAGUUUUAGUGAAAAGUUACAUUUGAUUGACCCUAUUUCUUUCUGAAGUUAUGAAAAUGUAGUGCCUCUUUAACUAUCAAAUUCAACACACUUAGCCUGUUCCUGUCAUUAAGACAGAGAAUUACCCCAAUUCAGCUAUUUCUACUAUUUUCCAGUUGAAACCAGCUGCUUGGUUUAGCCUCAAACCAAUGGUUGGAAGCAGGGGAGAUGAAAGCUUGCUACACUGCAUUUUCUGUAGUGCUAUUUUUUUACUUUGACUCUACAAGAGCGAGGAUUCUUUUAGCAUGAUUUUAUGUGGAGAAAGCCUUCAUCCCCCCUUCUCUUCUUUGUGCAAUGUUCGAUUAUCAAAAAGCAUUUAUGAUGACCUCUCUCAGUAAGCUGUCACACUCUGGAAGGAUAGUCUGAGAUUUUUCCCUGUAAUUGAUGGAGAAUUGCAUAUGGAUUCCGGUCAAGUUUAUGUAACUGAGGGAAAACCUGAAAAAAACAAAACCACAACAACAACUCGCACUCAUGGGUUCACUCCGUGUUGCUGCAUCGGUUAUGGUUGAGUUUUAUUCAACCUGUCUUUGAAAUCUAAAAAUGUUAAAAAAUGUUUGUCUUACCCACAUAUAAUAUGUAUUUAGACUAGCAGAUCUGUAUGUACAAAAAUGAAAAAGACAUGUAAAUCAAGUAUUUUGUGGUAUGUACAUCAAAGGAAUACAUUUUACACAAUGCAAAAGCAAAAUGGAACAGAUGUUUCUAGAUGAUUAAAUACUGAACAUUCAAAAGAUUUCUUUGUAUGAAGAAAUAAAUAAAAAAGUAUAUAUUUUACCAAA